AUGUCUUCUACCACACCUCUUGAUGUUUUCGUCGAAAACCUCCUUGCGGCGAUGUUCUUCGAGACUGACGACGAAAAGGCAAUUCAGGCCUUUGAGGCAGGCCUGAGCGAGGACAUCCGCAUCGAGGUCAACGGGGCCAUCCUGCCACGCCCUGUAUACCUGGGUAUUGUCAAGGGAAUACGCAAGGACAACGUGGCUACCGACCUGGGUAACCCUACCCUAGCUAUGCACGUCGAGGAUGCCGAAAAGCAGACCGGUACGGUCGCUCAAUGCGGCAAGUUCACCCUCAAGAACAAAUCCACGGGGGAAGAGAAGACUUCGUCGGCGGGUACCAUCGCCAAGGUGGAAUUCCGGGAUGGAAAGAGAGUGAUGACCAGCUUGACAGAGGUGAUGUCUUGA